AUUCUUUCUCCCUCUCUAUGUAUCUUUUUUAACAAUCGUUGUGUUUACGUCAGCUUUUGUGAACCACAAUUAAUUGUUUGGGCAGCUUUCGUGCAUCUAGAUUAAUUUUCUGAUUUUCAAGGAUUUAGGACUUCAAUUUUGAUAUGUUUGUUUUUGAUACUUGAUUUGAAGAUUCAUAUAGCUGAUUGUGCUUGUUGGGGUAGCAUAACUAAUGUUUGUUUUGUUUUUUAUUUUUUAUUUUUUACUUUUUCAGACUUGCUAUCUCGUGUGAAACGAGCAUAACUAUGUCUUUUACUUUGGAGCUGUUGGCUCAAAUGGGUCGAAGGAAGAGGAGUAAAAGGCAUUUUUCAUUAAGAGAAUGUAACAAAAAAUUGGAACUUUUUAUACACCGGUUGUACUCAUUAUAUGGUUGGUAGAUCUUGUAUCUGGUUGGGCUGCUGGAACUGCAGAAGUAAGUUGGAUAUCAAGGAGGUAGUUUUAUACUUUUAACAAGCUAGUGAAUUUGACAAGUUAUAGAUGUAGUUUGGAAGAUUGCUUAUGAUUUAUAGGAGGAUUUAUUAGUUUAAUCUUUUGUAUGGAGAAUUUGGGGAAGAAGAGAAAGGGAGUAGAAAUUUCAGUGGUUUGUCAGAAAGAUGAGAGUUCAUUGACAGUAGUCAGGUCACAUUUAUCGUUGGAGGAUUAUUCUAGAAGGAAAAAGAAAUCCAGGGAAAUUGUGGUUGAAGAUGAUGCCAACUUUUGUAGGAAGAGCGUUAUUACUGGAGUAGCUACUGCCCCGUCUUGUGGGAGUGCACGUUCGUGCUCACCUGGACGGGGUCUUAAAAGGAAAAUAGGGUGUCUUGAUUCCGCCACUCGAUUGGGGAGGAAGAAGAAGAUUGAGCAGGAUUACGAGAUGGGAGAAGUUAUUGGACGAGGGAAAUUUGGUUCUGUGUUAUUAUGUCAGAGAAAGUUGAGUGGGGAAAGUCAUGCUUGCAAGACACUGCAUAAGGGGGAAGAGAUCAUUCACCGUGAAGUUGAGAUAAUGCAGCAUCUAUCUGGGCAUCCAGGUGUUGUGACAUUGAAGGCUGUGUAUGAGGACGCCGAAUCUUUUUAUCUUGUUAUGGAACUUUGCUCAGGAGGAAGGUUGCUUGAUCAAAUGGCUAGGAUUGGGCGAUACCCUGAGCAACAAGCUGCUAAUGUGAUCAAAGAUCUUAUGCUGGUCAUCAGAUAUUGCCACGAGAUGGGUGUUGUGCACAGGGACAUAAAGCCUGAAAAUGUCCUCCUUACAACCUCUGGACAAGUCAAGGUUUCAGACUUUGGGCUAGCUGUGAGAAUUUCAUAUGAAAUGCAAGGUCAGAGCUUGACUGGUGUAGUUGGAAGUCCUGCUUAUGUUGCUCCUGAGGUCCUGCUAGGUGAUUACACAGAGAAAGUGGACAUAUGGAGUGCAGGUGUCCUCCUACAUGCACUUUUGGUGGGCUUGCUCCCAUUUCAAGGUGAUUCUUUGGAAUCUCUAUUCAGUGCGAUUAAGGAAGAUAACCUUGAUUUCAGCGGUGGAGCCUGGGAAUCUGUAUCACAACCAGCUCGUGAUCUGCUUUCUUGUAUGAUGACAAGGGAUGUUUCAGCAAGGUACAGUGCCGAUGAAGUACUAAGACAUCCAUGGAUUUUACACUACACAGAACCCGCAUUGGAGAAUCACGCAAAGCCAAUUAAAAGGCAGCUGACUGCUACUAUUAGGAUAGAACAUGAGAGAAGAAACUUAACUUUUAGCUCUCUCAGCGAUGACUUUGGUUCAACAGUAACAUCUGGUAAUAGGUCGUCUAAGAUGCCUGAAGGUGAAGACACUGGUUUUAUAGAUGCUCUCACAGUUGCCGUUUCACACAUGAAUAUAUCAGAGCCAAAGAGAAGCAGAAUAUGCAGCCCAGCCAGAGCAAUUGAUCAAGAAUGUUCCUCUAACAUACAAGCUAACCACCUCUGUACAGCAUUCUGAUAGGUAUGACCUGCAGCAGCAUCUACUCUUCCCCUUGUAAAGGUAUCACUUUGAAGCAAUGGCGGAGCACAUUAUGUUGCGUCAACCAUUGAUCCUUCUUCAUGAAGUGAUUACUAGCGAACCGAUUAUUUAUCCUUUGGCUCUAGAAUAAAUCAUCAAUAAAGGACGCUGUCGGAUAAUACUAUACUAGCUUGGAGUGGUUUCUGCUAUGGGAAUUCAUAACAUAACUUGUAAGUUUGUGUGUGUGUGUUAGUAUUAUGUAAAUAAGGUGUGUUUUCUGACUUAUUUCUUUUAGAACUCAGCUAAAAGGACAAAAUGAGCAAUUAAAUAUAUGGCUAGUAUGCAUAGCCAGCCAGCUAUGGAAACAA